AUGAGUGAUAUAUACUUGGUUGUUCACAUAGCUACCACAUGCGAUGAAUCAACCUCGUAUGUUUCCAAGGAUUCAACAGAACUAAUCGAAUUUGGCUGGUCGGCUGCUGAUGCCAGGACCCUUGAAGUUCUUCAUGAAGAAUCAGUGUUAGUAAGACCCGUAAAUACACCAAUAACAUCCUACUGCUCGCAACUUCAUAAAGUGACUUGGGAACACGUUAGAAAUGCUGGAACAUUCAAGGACGCUGUUAGCAAAUUUGAUACUUACGUUCAAGAAAACAUAGUGCAAAAGGAAUUAGAUUUUACAUUUGUCACUUUCGAUGUUAGCAAGUUAAGAGUACAGUUGCCAAGAGAGGCAAGAGACAAGUCGGUGAUACUUCCUUCGUAUUUACAACAUCCUCGGGUUUUUAAUUUACAGAAUGAAUAUGCUAAGUGGCAGUUAUCACAUCCUGAGGCUCUCUCAUAUUCUGCCUCGUCAUUAUCAAGCAUUAUGGCUGCGCUAGAGGUCGAUUUUGUUAGCGAAAAGAAUGGAAGCAAUGAAGAUGUAUCUUCGCCAUCUACACCAACUCCUAUUUCUUUGGCGUCUUCGACUACAAGUUUCAGCUCGAAUACUUCUACAAAUUUGAAUUCAUCGGAGCCUGGCGCGUUUUGUGAGACUAAAACGAUGUCAACAGUAGCACUUUACACGAGAUUGCUUCUGCAGUUAGUGAAAAAGUCAUUGCCUCUUAGUGAACACCCCGAAGUGUUGACAAGACCUUAUGAUUCUUAUCGAGAUGUAAAGUCAUUCUUGGAGGAAAGAUCAAAAAUCCUCUUUCUUUCGAAUUUACCACAUGAUGUAAUUCAAUCAGAAUUGGAAUCGUGGUUUACUCAAUACGGUGGUAAACCAAUUGCAUUUUGGACUUUAAAAAAUUUGGAUUCUUUGCCCAAUGAAAAAUAUAAUAAUGGUAAUGGCUACGGAUCUAGUUUUGCGACUAGAAGCAUUGCAGGUUUUGUUGUAUUUGCGACUCAUGAAGAAGCGGCAGAAUCUUUGUCUAUGAAUGGAAGAGUUUUAAAUGAUCGCGCGAUUGAAGUCCAGCCUUCUUCAACCAGAGUCCUAGAUAAGGCCAGUGAUGUAUUGACACCGUUUGCUUCUUCCAAAAAUCGCCCAAGACCUGGAGAUUGGACAUGUCCGUCUUGUGGCUUCUCGAAUUUUCAAAGAAGAACGGCAUGCUUCAGGUGUUCGUUUCCUGCAACUAGUGCUGUCGCUAUUCAAGAAUCGAUUUACCCACCCGGUAUGAUCAAUAAUCGCCGAAAUGGAGGAAAUCAAUCCCAGAUGCAAAACCAUGCUGCAGACAAGGUUACAUUGAAUGCUGCAAUAGUUAAUGCUGCAGCUGCGACAAUGAAUACAAACCAAAAUUAUAAUAAUUUACAAGACUUUCAAUCUUACGGUAAUCAACUUAAUAAUGGCCACUCUCAGCGCACUAUGGGCCAUCAUCAACAACUUCAAAAUCAUAAUAAUAAUCAUGGUCACAAUAACAAUAAUGGGCGAUCCAAUUAUGGAACUAGCGUUCCAUUUAGAGCUGGUGAUUGGAAGUGUAGUAAUGAAUCAUGUCGAUAUCACAAUUUUGCUAAAAACUUGUGUUGCUUAAAAUGUGGUAAUAGUAAGCCAGCAACGACGCUCAAUAACCAAGGAAUGAAUUCGCUCCAUUCUGUUAAUUCAACAGCAGCUGCAAUUGCAGCUGCCACCGCUAGUGGACAACCCUUAAAUUUGAGUAACGGAUUCAUGGGAUUGCAGCAGCCGCAACCUCAUCAUGCACAGCAUUAUUCACAGACCGGACAGCAGCAGCUGAAUCGCCAUCAUGCUAAUACCAUUGGAAAUACCUUUGCAAAUAACAAGUCUGGAAAUUUGACUUCCUACUCUCAACAAGUUAAUGGAUCAAGGGGGAGCAGGAAUGGAACGCCGCAGCCUCAGAUACAGUUGUUACCUCAACAGUUGAUGAUGAUGCAACAACAACAACAACAACAACAACAACAACAACAACAACAACAACAACAACAACAACAACAACAACAGCAGCAGCAGCAGCAACAACAGCGUCACCUGCAAGUCACAGGUUCUAACCAGCAUCAAAAAUAUUCUCAAUCCAUGAGUAAUUCACCAGCAUUGUAUUCGGGAUUUGGUCAUCUGCAACAUAAUCAGAAUUAUUCUAUGAAAACUGUUCCAGAUCCUCCACAUUCAGCACCAGUAGUUGCGCACGGUGAUGCCAACUCUACGGGAGCCACAUUACAAACUUUUUCACCCUCUCUAGGUAUACUCACCAACUCAAUUGAUUCGUUGAACUUGAAUAGUCACUAA